AUGGCCGCGUCCAAUGGCAACGGCAACGGCGUCGCGGGCGGCAGUAGCCAAACCAGCAGCAACAACAACAACAACAAUAGGCCGCCCCUCUACAAAGCCCCUUCAGGAGUAACAGCAUCCUUGGUACCAGACGGAAAGCUCAUCGAUCACGACACAGCAGAGGUGACAGCGCUACCAGAUUCGCUCAAUCCAAAGGGAAAAUCCCUGUCCUCGUCAGACAAUGAGAUCAUCAGCAGACCAGCAUCAGCAGCAGGGAUGAAGGGCGUCAAGGUAGACUCUCCCACGCCAGAAGCUAUCGCAGGACGGUCCCUUUACAGCCAUCCACCACUAGACGACAGUGACCUUGUCAAUACGCGCAAGCUCUUUGCACAUCGAGCAGGUGCGCCCCCAUAUGGCGACUUCACCCUGUACCGCCGGGUGCGCGCUCUCAUCACCCAAACCAUCGCAUUCACCCUCUCAUCAACUUUCCUCGUCUUCGUGGUCAUAUGGGCACUUUCAGUCCGAUUCUUGGCCCAGCUCCCACGGCUCCUCUCUCCGGGAUCCAAUGUUACAGCAGAAGUAGCCAAAGAGUGGGAUGAUGUCAAGAGGUGGAAAAAGGAGGACCUCAUCAAGGAUGUGAGAUACUAUGCGCAGUCGUGCGGGUUUGAGAUCAGGAACGAGACGGUGGAGACGGAAGAUGGAUACUACUUGAGGGUGAACAGGGUGAUUGACCCGAAGAGGAAAGAUGAGAAGCACAGUGAUGGUAAGGGCGGCUUCCCCGUCCUCAUCAUGCAUGGCCUCUUCCAAUCCUCAGGCUCCUUCGUCACAUCAGAAGAGCGCAGCCUGGCCUUCUGGCUUGCCCGUCAUGGAGGGUACCAAGUCUUUCUCGGCAACAACCGCGGCGUAUUCGACAUGGGCCAUAAGGUUUACUCUCGCUCCGACCCCCGCUUCUGGGACUACAACAUCCGCGAAUUGGCAUGCUACGACCUGCCCGCUUUGGUCGACCAUGUGAGGAAACAGACGGGUUACGACAAGAUUGGGUUCAUCGGCCACUCCCAGGGAAAUGGGACGGCCUUCAUCUCCCUCUCGAAGGGCAUGGUCCCCGAGCUGGGCGACAAGCUCACCUACUUUGGCGCUCUAGCUCCAGCCGUCUUUGCUGGACCUUUGACGUCUUGCUUCCCCUUCACCACCUUGGGAACAAUGGAGUGGAAUACGUGGAAGCGCUUCUUUGGCGUCCUCGACUUUAUCCCGCUCAUGAAGAUUAGCUACGACUACACACCCGCUUACCCGUAUGCGCUGCUUGGUUACCAAAUGUUCGCCUUCCUCUUCGCAUGGACGGACGCCAAUUGGCUGCUAAGGCGAAAGGCAAAGAUGUUCCGCUUCACACCUCAGCCUGUCUCUUCUGCGAGCAUCUACUGGUGGGCAGGCAAGGACGGCUUCGCCUCUCGCGGGUGCAUCCUCGACCCAAACGCAGCACAAUGGUGGGACUCGCGCUUCCCUCCCCUCUCCAUCUACAGUGGCGGAAUGGACUUCCUGGUCCUGACGGAUCCGCUCAUCGACCGCCUCGAGCGUGUAGAAACAGAUGUGCGCGUGCUGCGCUUCAAGCGACAGGAGGAGGCAGAACAUUGCGACCAUUUCUGGGCGGCGGAUGCGGUGGAGUGGUGCUUUCACGAUAUCUUGCACGACAUUGAGAGCACACGACUCCUCUACCCUGAGGAGGUGGCAGCAGGAGGCCAGAGGAGGAUGGCGACUGCAGGGGAGUGGGAGGAGGCAAAGAGGAACGGCGGGGCGCAGAAGAAGGCGCCUAGAGCAAACAUCAUGGACGAGCAAUGAGCUCGCCUUGGGCGCCGACGUUCAGCGUUCCGUCUAGCUCUUGAUGAUUCGGACAUUCACGGCCACGCCCAUUUGCCAAGAACCACCUUUGUACACUAGUAAAUCUCUACCUCUCAUUGCAAACGGCGGGCGAGCGG